AUGGACAAUUUCAAGUCCUUUGACAAUCCUCGACCAUACGACGUUCUAUGCGGUAGGAACCGCAAUUCCUUCAACAACAUUGGAAACCGUAGAUUUCGCAUUACCAUCAGCAUGAAUGUGGAAAAGUACAAUGGCAUGCGUUCUCGUCACGAACGAAGCAAGUUUAUUACGAGUCUCGCUCAGACUAUGAGGUACGAAGUGGGCUUUCGCUUUCUCAAGCGCAAGGGAGGAGCGAAGAAUGCACAAACGGUGGAACUUACGGAUGAUGAGAUUCGAGCCAAGAUUGGACACGCGUUGAGAGAUCUGUCAUCCACCAUGAAGGAAGAAGGCAAUGGUCGUACUACUACACCUGAAUCCAAGGUUCCAAGACCUGGUCCCUACAAGAAGCAAGACAAGAAGGCACUCAGGAUGGUUUCUUCCUCUGCCUCUUUGGUGACAAUGUCAUCCGCGUCUACGAUGUCAUCGGCACAAUCUACCUUGGAUGGUACCAAGCCAACAGCUAGCAUGCCCACUCCAUGUCCCGCACCAGUAACUGCUUCAUCGGCUCAAAUUAAAGUAUCCUCCGCUCCCAUCGUGGCCACCAUUCAAGGACAAGUCACUUUGGAGAAUGCCGAAAAGGCCGGUGCUGCUCCCGAUCAAGUUCGCUCUUCCAGUCCUCCUGUGCAACUCAUGUUGUCCAAGCUUCCUCUUGCGGAACAAGAAACCACUCCAUUGCAAUCAAAUCCAGUUGUGGACAAUUUCAAGACAGUUUCACCAGAAGCCGAGCAAGAAAAAGGGAAAUUCCCCUAUCAUCCAUUCUUGGAUCAUAUUGUUGGAGAACAAGGGUGUCAACAGAUGAGCCUCUUGGAUGCAUGUCAACAGAGCCUAUUGAAUCCACCUCCCAUGUAUUUGAUCCCUUCGCUAGACGAAGAAGAUGAGCUGGAUGAUUUUUGGAGAACCUCGGAGCUCCUACAAAACGAGCACUCGGCUCUGGCUCCUACCAAUACUAGGAGCAACAGGUCCAUGUCCGUUGGCAGCUACUGCUGCGAUACUAUAAGUCUGCCAUCGUCUGCUUGUCUCUCCGAUACCAUGAUGGAAAACCUUUCCUUGGUCAACAACAACUGA